UUCCGCGGGUGGACGGGCCUCCGAGGGGCGAGCUGCGCGCGGUGCUGUGUGUGUGUGGCCCCCGGCGCGCCGCCCCCAGGCCGACCUCGCGGCUCUCGCAGGGCCGCCCGGAGCCCCGCUCGUCAGGCCCGGACGCCAGCGGCGAGCGGCGCGGCCAUGGACUUCUCCCGGUUCCUGGCGGAAGACUUCGACGUGAAGGAGUGGGUCAACGCGGCCUUCCGGGCCGGCCCCAAGGAGGCGGCGGCGGGCCAGGCGGACGGCCACGCGGCCACCCUGGUGAUGAAGCUGCAGCUGUUUAUCCAGGAGGUGAACCACGCCGUGGAGGAAACGAGUCACCAGGCCCUGCAGAAUAUGCCCAAAGUGCUGCGCGAGGUGGAAGCCCUGAAACAGGAGGCGUCUUUCCUGAAAGAACAAAUGAUUCUGGUCAAGGAGGACAUCAGGAGAUUUGAAGAGGACACGUCUCAGUCCAUGCAGGUGUUGGUGGAAAUCGACCAGGUCAAGUCCCGGAUGCAGCUGGCCGCAGAGUCUCUGCAGGAGGCAGACAAAUGGAGCACGCUGAGCGCUGACAUCGACGAGACCUUCAAGACUCAGGACGUCGCUGUGAUCUCCGCCAAGCUGACGGGCAUGCAGAACAGCCUGGCGAUGCUCGUGGACACGCCCGACUACGCAGAGAAGUGCGUGCACCUGGAGGCCCUGAAGAACCGGCUGGAGGCCCUGGCCAGCCCGCAGAUUGUGGCCGCCUUCACCUCGCAGUCCGUCGAUCAGUCCAGAGUGUUUGUGAAGGUUUUCACGGAAAUCGACCGGAUGCCCCAACUUCUUGCGUACUACUACAAGUGUCACAAGGUGCAGCUCUUAGCAGCCUGGCAGGAGCUGUGCCAGAGUGACCUGCCUCUGGACCGGCAGCUCAGCGGACUGUACGACGCCUUGCUGGGAGCAUGGCACACGCAAAUCCAAUGGGCUACGCAGGUUUUCAAGAACCCCCAUGAGGUGGUGACGGUGCUGCUGAUUCAGACCCUGGGGGACCUGGCGCCCUCGGUGCCCCUGUGCCUGCGCUCCGCUGUGGAGCGGGCGGGGCCCGAGCUGGAGCUGUGCAAGCUGCUGGAGCUCUACGCUGCCACCGUCCAGUUUGCCAAGGGGCUGGAGGUGGCACUGCUGGCCCAGUCACACGAGCCCAACUUGGUGAAAGUCACAGAACUGGUGGACGCUGUGUAUGGGCCGUACACACCCUACCGGCUCAAGUACGGCGACCUGGAAGCCCAGAACCUCCUCAUCGAGAUCAGUGCGGUGCCGCUGGAGCACGGGGAAGUCAUGGACUGUGUGCAAGAGCUGGGCCACUCGGUGCACAAGCUCUUCGGCCUGGCAUCUGCAGCUGUUGACAGAUGCGUCACCUUCACCAACGGCCUGGGGACCUGUGGCCUGCUGGCGGCCCUGAAAUCCCUCUUCACCAAGUAUGUGUCUGAUUUCACCAGCACUCUCCACUCGAUUCGCAAGAAGUGCAAGCUGGAUGACUUUCCUGCCGACUCCCUUUUUCAGGAAGAUUGGACGGCUUUUCAGAACUGCAUUAGGAUAAUAGCCACCUGUGGAGAGCUCCUGAGGCAGUGUGGGGACUUCGAACAGCAGCUGGCGAGCAGGAUCCUGUCCACAGCCGGGAAGUACCUGUCCGACUCCUACAGCCCUCGCAGCCUGGCCGGCAUCCAGGACAGCGUCCUGACGGACAGGAAACCCUCUGCCAAGAACCCGUGGCAAGAACACAACUACCUCCAGAAGGACAACCCUGCUGAAUACGCCAGCCUGAUGGAAAUCCUUUAUACCCUCAAGGAAAAAGGGUCCGGUAAGCACAACCUGCUGUCGGCGUCCCGAGCGGCCCUGACGCGGCUGAACCAGCAGGCGCACCAGCUGGCUUUCGACUCGGUUUUCCUGCGCAUCAGACAGCAGCUAUUGCUCAUCCCCAAGAUGGAGAGCUGGAGCACAGCCGGCAUUGGAGAAACCCUGACGGACGACCUGCCCACCUUCAGCCUCACCCCCCUCGAGUACAUCAGCAACAUCGGGCAGUAUAUCAUGUCCCUCCCGCUGAACCUGGAGCCCUUUGUGACUCAGGAGGACUCUGCCUUGGAGCUGGCACUGCACGCGGGAAAGCUGCCGUUCCCCCCCGAGCAAGGCGACGAGCUGCCCGAGCUGGACAACAUGGCUGACAACUGGCUGGGCUCGAUCGCCAGGGCCACCAUGCAGACCUACUGUGACGUGAUCCUCCAGAUCCCCGAGCUCACGCAGCACUCCACCAAGCAGCUGGCCACGGACAUCGACUACCUGAUCAACGUGAUGGACGCCCUGGGCCUGCAGCCCUCCCGCACCCUCCGGCACGUCGGGACGCUGCUGAAGACCAAGCCCGCGGACUACAGGCAGGCCAGCCGGGGCCUGCCGCGGCGUCUGAGCAGCACGGUGGCCGCCAUGCGUGGUGUGCAGUACUGAGCCCGCGCCCGGCAGCUGUCCAGGUGGCUUCGUGCGGAAACGGCUCGGGAUUGGGCAGAACUUGUUUGAAAAAGACUUGGUUCAUUUGUAUCAUCACAAAUAAGUUGUAAAUUAGGAUAUAUUAUUUAUUAGAGGAAUUUUCAGAUGACUUUUUAAAUGAUCCAAUCUUGAAAAUGGAAUUAAUAAACGCUUUGA